AUAUAUUGGAUAUUGAAUGUUGGUUGCGCAGUACGAGUAUAUUGCUACAUAUGUCAGGUUUUAGGAGGCCGAGGCUUCCAACACUCUUCCAGAGGUUUUGCCUGCAACACCGGCAUUUGCCAAGUGCUCUGCAUGUUCUCAGUCUGUAUUAGACGCUUACAAGGCGACCGGAUACACGUUUUUACAACAGGUCUUCGAUGACGCUUCUUAUCUCGAAAAGAUAUGUGGUUUACAGAAUCUUCAUGAUGAAAUUAAUACUGAGUCAAUUUUGAUGUUAAGUGACGCUGAUGACUGACACUUUUCCAAGUUUUUCUUAUUUUAUAAAGAGCUGGAAUUGUCAUGUUAAGAUUAUGUCAUAUUACUUAUAUCUCAGUGAAUAUCUUACUUAUUUAACCCAAUAAUUAUAUGUGAAUAUAUUUGGGUAUCAAUUUCGACUUUUUGAUAUGAACGCUGUUGAAAUUAAUAAGUACUAGUAGUCAUCUAAAGUUUUUGUCCUAGUUCUUUGGUCGUUUCUCCCGAGAACCGGGAUAAGUUUUAAAGCAAUGACAAUUUGUUUUUUGACUAUGGAAUUAUGAUUUAAACCUUUCGAACUUUCGUUUGGAAAACAAUGUAGAUUUCAUCUUCUUUAGCACAGAUAAUCGAAUUUGUGUAUGGACUACCAUCUGUUCAAAUGUAGGCCUUUUCGGUUUGGUUAUCUGUUGGUGUGUAAUAUAUUCAGUGUGAGGUUAAAUAACUAUUCAGUACCGUUUUCCACAGAAAUUGAUACAAUUUAAAAUGGCGUCCACGGUUAUAACUUCAUAAUAUUAACAUUGAAAUAAUUUCCAGGUAUGAAAAUAAAAAAAUGUAUUGUUGGCUUGUAACAACCUGGCUUUAAGAAACUGGCAAAAAUAGAGAUAAAACCAUUUAAUCUUAUCAUUUUGAAAUAUACUAAUGCUUCUCAUCAAUUUUUGAAUUUUUCCAACUGAUAUACCCACGUAUGAAGAUCUACGUUGUAACUGACUGACCCCUUCACGGUUGUAACGUCUGUAAUGUAGCCCCAACAUAUCUAAAAUUCAGAGUGUUUGAUCUACCAGUAUUAAAGGAUUUUUAGCAGUAAUUUCACAUGGUCGACUUAUAUUGUGCAGUUCAUCCCCCGCUGCACAAACCUGAGUUUGCUAUUUAGUUCGAAUCAUUUCCAUUCUUAAUUUGACUUUUCGUAUCUAGUGAUACAGUAUUAUAGAAUGUCUGCACAAUUUUCUCCUUUCUGCAGCCGAUCUGCCGACACUUCGCUUAUAAGUUGUCAAAAGUGUUUAGAGAAAGGUCACUGGACUUAUCAAUGUACAAAUCAGCGGAAGUAUCUGAAACGGGAGUCAUACACUAGUAUAUUGGGAAAGAAGCUUGAAACCCAGAAAAAGUCAAGGAUUCAAAAAAAAAUACACGACACUAAAUCAUCAUCCUCAAGCUCUAGUUCUUCUUCUGAUUCUUCGACUUCAAGUUCUGGAGAAGACUCGGAUGAUGCAAAUUCUAGCUCAGAAUCUAGUUCAGACAGUGACGGAAGUUCUAGUAGUGAAUCCUCAUCCUCUAGUGCUUUCUCAUGUGAUGAGAACAGUCGAUCUUCUUCCUCUAAAAGUCUAAAGUGCAUGAAAAAAUGAUUGAUAAUUGCACUGGGAUUGUACAGCUAUAAUAUAUUUUAAAUAUCUCUUGUAGCCUUUUCACAAUAAGAAGACUAUUAUAAAUCAUUUGCGAUGACGUUAAUAUGAUGAAUCAGCAUCCAUAAGAAAAC